CGUCGUAACUACAAUACUGUCCCUUUUCACGGAUGCUACCUACCGAAUUAGACUAAAUUCGUGUUACUGUGAUUGUAAUAACAUGAAGACACGUACCACAUGUGGAGUAGGAUCUGUCUACUCUUCCGGAGCACUAAGAACAGCCCCAUUUUUUUGUAGGGAUCAUCGUCAAUGGCUUCUUGUACAUCAGUGUGCGCAGUAUGCGAUCUUCGACAUCAAACUUCGACGUCCACUCACUGGUGUAAUCAGUGCGAGGAACCAUUAUGUUCUGGCUGUAGAGAACAUCAUAAUGUUUCAAAGGCAACAGGGAAUCACCAAACUAUUUCUAUUUCUGAUUACCAACUUUUACCAGAUGUUGUAACCGACAUCAGGCAGGAUUGUGUUUAUCACAAUGAGAUGUUUCAACUUUACUGUAUUAAGCACGAGAGUCCAAUAUGCAACAAAUGUGCAAAGGAGCAUGGUACCUGUGGGGAAAUAGUGUCACUUGAUGAUAGAGUAAGAGACAUCAAAACUUCAGAGUCCUUUAUUGACCUGGAGCAGAACAUUGAAGAGCUAUUAACUUAUAUCAAUCUAAUCCGUAAAGACAGAGAAUCUAAUAUGGAAAGUAUAACAGAUCAAAAGACAAAAAUAGCUGCACAAGUUUGUCACUUAAAACAACAGGUCAUCCAGCAUGUAAAUAAACUGGAAGAAGAUUUCAUAAACGAACUUAGCCAAAUUGAAUUUAAUUGCUGCGAAACUGUUCAGUCGAUUGUGUCUUCACUUCAAGAUCAAGCAAAGAGAAUAAAUCAAAUGAAAUCAGAACUGAAGAAAACGAAGAAAUACUCAUCAGAUCUGCAAGCAUUCCUAUGUAUGAGGGAAAUUCAGUCGAAAACCACGGAUUAUGAAAAACAUCUACAGUCCAGUAUCAAAAUGAAGAAUCACAAUAAGAUCAACAUAAAAAGUGCAAUCAAUGCAAAGAUACAGGAUAUUCUGAUGAUUGAAACAUUUUGUUCCAUUGUAGUCAAGAAAAGUAAUUCUACUGAAAUAAACUUAAAUAGAAGGAAAGAAAGACAAGCCCAAUUGUUGAUCCCAAAAGAAGUAGUAUUAAUCAACAAUAUAAAACUCGUUUUCAAACGAAAAAUUGACCAAACCUGUAUGUACCCUACUGGAUGCUGCGUAACGAAAAAGGGUGAAUUUCUGUUUACAGAUUUCAAAGAUACAAAUGGACGAGUAAAGGUGGUUAAUGCCGACAGUGGAGUUGAAUAUACCAUCCCACUUAAAGAACCAUACCGCGCGUUAAGUCUAGUGUCCUUAGAUGAUACUACAGUAGCUGUAUCUUCUAGACAUUCAAGUAAAAAGCCAGGUAUCAGUAUUGUUGAUCUGAUCAAGAAAAAAGUGACAAAGUUCAUUGACUUACCAGGUGAUCCUUACGGUAUUACUUACGAUGGCAAUUCUUUAAUAUGUUGUAUCGCAGAUAAGGACCUUCAUGUAGUAUCUUGUUCAGACUACAGUAUCACUACAAUCUCAAACACAGUCUCAUCGCCGUUAUCAUACGUCUCAACGCAUGCUGACAAGAUUUUCUUCACACAUCCAGAUAAACAAAAAGUAAUGUGCUGUUCAUACAGUGGAGCAACAGUUUGGGAGUUCGAAGAGACAAGAGUUUUAGAUGGUCCCCAAGGAAUAACCAUAGACAACAAAGGGAAUGUUUUUGUUGUUGGAGACAACACAUGUAAUGUUGUCGUCAUAUCUCCUGACGGGAAACACUGCAAACAGAUACUCACCAAGGACGAUGGUAUUAAUAGACCAACAACACUUUUCUUUGACGAAGCCAGGAAGCAGCUGUUAGUAGCGAAUGGAACCAACUUUGCACAUGUUUAUGACAUUUAUUACGGCUAAAUUAAAUAUCAUCGUCUAAGGAGACUUUUGUCGUAUCAUUGUUAUUAUAGCUGUCAUAGACUUUCUAUUGAAUAUACUAAUGCCAUUUCUACAAAUCGUGAGAGAUUGUUACAAUUGACAUACGUUUUGCAAUGUGAUAUACAGAUGCUUAAAGUAAACUUAUUCAGUUAGUUAUAUAUUAUGGUAUGGUCUAAACACAAGAGAAGGAAUAUAUUAUCUAUAAAUGAUUGCGGAUUUAGGUAUUGCGUGUUUGUGAUGUAUUUCUGUCUCAAUGUUUUGUCAUUUCAGCCAUAUUUUUAACAGUGUCAUAAAGAAGGGGGUUAGUUACCCGUUAAACCAGGUCCAACUCAAAUUUUCUUAAAAUGUUCCAUGCCAAGUCAAGAAUAAGGCAAUUGUUAUCAAAUAGUUCGUUUCUAUGUAUGUUAGUACUUCAGUGAUCCUGUUGUUUCUUAGCUUCCCUCUUAUAGUUGUUGUGUUUCCAUCGGUUUAAGUUUGUAAACUGGAUCUGUUUUCUUUCAAUCGAUUUAUGACUUUCGAACACCGAUAGCCUACUGUUUACUUA